AUGACGUACAUAGAGAUCUUCAAGAUAAAGUACCUCUUCGCCCAGGAAUUGGUUCGAGGAUGGGCGAGGACUAAGAUAAAUCUGGAUAUCCACAACAAGCGAACGGACAGACCUUUUUCGUCUGAUCAGGGCAACAUGGUAGCCUUUGAGCAACCUAAGAGAGAUGGACAAGAUGAAAGCCAGCUAAAUUCGACUGCCCUCACAGAGCAGAUCAGAGCCUUGCAGAUACGACUGAGCCAAGAGGGUCCGUCUGAUCAGAGACACCAGACGGACGACUCGAGAACUAUAUACCAGCCGCAGCAGCCUUGGGGCUAUCAGCCACUCGUACACCAGGCCCAAGGAAAUACGGACAUGAGCCGAGGCAUCCCUCGUCAAGGACAGCUGUACGACUACGAGACCAGACAACGCCGUCCUUAUCCGAAUUAA